UGUCCUUCUCUCCAGCAGUCCAUCUCUGCCAGGGAGCCAUGUCGUGCCGAAACUUGCAGCUGAGCUCCAGAUGCGGCAGCCGGGGUUUCAGCUCAAGCUCAGCCACCACGCCCCGGAUGGUAACCCACUAUGAAGUGAGCAAGGGGCCCUGCCGGCCUGGGGGCGGUGGGGGCCUCAGAGCCCUGGGCUGCCUUGGCUCUCGGAGCCUGUGCAAUGUGGGCUUCGGGAAGCCCCGUGUGGCCUCCCGAUGUGGCAUGUCAGGCUUUGGGUACCGGGCGGGAGCUGCCUGCGGACCUCCGAGCUGCAUCACCCCUGUCACCAUCAAUGAGAGCCUGCUGGUCCCCCUGGAGCUGGAGAUUGACCCGACGGUGCAGAGGGUGAAGAGGGACGAGAAGGAGCAAAUCAAAUGCCUCAAUAACAGAUUCGCGUCCUUCAUCAACAAGGUACGGUUCCUGGAGCAGAAAAACAAGCUGCUGGAGACCAAGUGGAACUUUAUGCAGCAGCAGAGAAGUUGCCAGAACAACAUGGAGCCGCUCUUCGAGGGCUACAUCUGUGCGCUGCGGCGACAGCUGGACUGUGUGUCGGGGGACCACGGGAGACUAGAAGCCGAGCUCUGCAGCCUCCAGGAUGCGCUGGAGGGUUACAAGAAAAAGUAUGAAGAGGAGCUGUCCUUGCGGCCCUGUGCCGAGAAUGAGUUUGUCACCUUGAAGAAGGAUGUGGACACAGCCUUCCUGGUGAAGGCCGACCUGGAAACCAAUUUGGAGGCUCUAGAACACGAGACUGAGUUCCUGAAAGCCCUGUUUGAGGAGGAGAUCAGCCUGCUGCAGUCUCAGAUCUCUGAGACCUCCGUCAUCGUGAAGAUGGACAACAGCCGGGACCUGGACGUGGACGGCAUCGUAGCUGAGAUCAAGGCUCAGUAUGACGACAUUGCCAGCCGAAGCAAAGCGGAAGCAGAGGCCUGGUACCAGUGCCGGUACGAGGAGUUGAGGUUGACGGCUGGGAACCACUGUGACAACCUGCGCAACCGCAAGAACGAGAUCCUGGAAAUGAACAGGCUGAUCCAGCGGCUGCAGCAGGACAUUGAAGCAGUCAAAGGCCAGCGUUGCAAACUAGAGGGAGCCAUUGCUCAGGCAGAGCAACAGGGGGAAGCCGCCCUCAGCGACGCCAAGUGCAAGCUGGCAGGGCUGGAGGAGGCCCUGCAGAAGGCCAAGCAGGACAUGGCCUGCCUGCUCAAGGAGUACCAGGAGGUGAUGAACUCCAAGCUGGGGCUGGACAUCGAGAUCGCCACCUACAGGCGCCUGCUGGAGGGCGAGGAGCACCGGUUGUGUGAAGGCAUCGGGCCUGUGAAUAUCUCUGUCAGUAGCUCCAAAGGUGCAGUUCUCUACGAGCCUUGUGUGGUUGGCACACCCAUGCUGAGGACCGAAUAUUGCACGGGGCCUACGGGCGUCCUGAGGAACAGCGGAGGCUGCAGCGUGGUCGGCACUGGCGGCGGCAGCGAACUCUACAUCCCUUGUGAGCCCCAAGGGUUCCUGGGAUGUGGGAGUGGGCGGAGCUCCAGCAUCAAGAUGGGGGCAGGUAGCAACUCAUGCAGCCGCUAGUGUUAGUGGAAGCUGGGGACGUCGCAUCUCCACAGGGAUGAAGGCCAGAACAUUCCAGAACUCUCCCUCCCCUCACCAACUUCGCACUGCCCUAGGAUACUCCUGGGAACUGAGCUACUCUCAGCUCCACUCUAAUCUUCAAAGCCGCCCCUCACAUAUCUGGAUGCAGAGCCCAAGCGAGGCCCAGAGUGUGCAGGAUACAGAGA